AUGUGUUUUCAGUUGACUUUGUUUUGGUUAUCGGCACUGGCGUGCGGCCGACAAUUAAACGACGAGCACACUAAACAGAACAGUACGGAUACAAGUGAUUCGCAGGCAAAAUCUACAAACGGUCCGAACGCCUUCAGUAAACGGAGCUAUGGAUUUAAAUCAGUAGAAAAUUCCUACCCGAAUGGAUACUCGUCCGCGGAAUCAGAUACUUGGAUGCCAACCGAUUCGUCAAAAAUUAGAUCGCAAACAAUUCGUGAGCCUGAAAUCGACGAAUACGGAGAACCGGAAAAAUCGAAACGUCCGGACGGACUGGAAGAAAUGGAUUCGGGGGAGAGAUUCAUAGGCGAUCCCGAAAAAGUGGAAGUGCCGAAGAAUGACAAUGGCGACAGUUUUGAGCACGUAAAAAGGGUAAAAGAGGUUUCGAUCAUAUCGUUGAAGCCGAGGGAACUCGACAAAGAUCUGGAUCCGAUAAACGAGGAGCAAACCGAUGCGCCGAAAAAAACCGCUCGGCCGAUGAGGGAUCUCAGUAUCAUAAUUAGAAACCGACACUUGGCGCCCGUGUUGCUGACCCGUAGAGUGCCCGCACGUAUUAUACCCCGUAGACCUUUCUACCACCACCGUCCCCAACCGCACAGACCCCAUGCUCCGGUAAAACCGAAACACAAACCUAGGUGCAAGCCGUGUGGCCCUAAAGGGCACAAGAAGAAACACGGCCACAAGCCGAAAAAACCCAAAAAGAAACCGAAACACAAGGGACACAAAGGGCACAACGAACACUGUCACAAACCGAAGAAACCACAUUUUAAAAAGCUUUUGUACUACGCGCCAAUGCCGACGGGCACGAUGUAUAAUUACGGUUCUCGAAUGCCGCCGAAACUGGUCAAGCCCAGCACCGGUUACGACGUGAAGGAAAGUCCGGAAAACGAGGACGUGGAAUCCGAGACCGAGAAACCGUUUCAGCAAGAUGUGGAAGAUGACAUGGAAGAACACAGACUGGACGAAAUGGGCGAAAUGAAUGAACCUAUGAGCGAAAUAGGCGAAUCCUUUGACGAAGAAGAACCCUCCGAAAGUAAAUUGAUAAAAUCGGUCAAAAACAUAACAGAUUUCGAAUCUAGAUUUCCGAAAAACAAAGGGAAAACGUGA